GAACUCAAUCUACAUACUUGUUUUAAAGUUGGGGAAAUUUGGGGAAGCCGUGAAAGAAACGUAUUAAACUCUGAAAUUUUCGGUGAAGCAGCUAGCUCGCAAGGCACUCCUGUGUGUUGCCGUAUUUGAGAGAGAGAGCCCGCGACGCUUUAUCCAAUUAUCCUACACCCUCCUGGUUUUCUACUCAAGGCAACCUUCUCGCUCCUUCAGAGGCUGGCUUAGUGGUACCAGCAGCUGCAGCAGCAAUAACGGUGAUGGGAGUUAUAAAAGAUGGUGCUGUCUCGGGAUUCCUACCAAGUAUCAAGGCAUUUGCGAUUCACUAUCCUGGGUAUCCUUCAUCCAUGUCAUGUGCCAUAGAGACUUUGGGGGGAACUGAAGCAAUCUUGAAGGCUCACUGCUCUCAAUCAGACAAGUUGGAGCUUCAUUUCCGGCCUGAAGAUCCAUAUUCACAUCCUGCAUUUGGGGAGCUUCAACCCUGUAACAAUUUGCUGUUGAAAAUAUCCAGAAAGAAAUCUAUUGAUGAGCAUAACACUGGAUUUUCCAACAGUGCAUCAAAACAUCAGUUGGUGAACCCAGUUAAUUCCAAGCAAAUAAUUUGCUGCCCUGCAUCAGUGGAAAGCAGUCAGCCAGUUAGCCAAAAUGAAAGUGAAUUAAUAGUUGCUUCUAAAACAACUGAAGCACAUUUAUCUGCAGACGUGCGGACAAACCUUUCUGCUGAUAUCGUUGCUCGAGUGUUAGAGGCUCAUCAUUUCACUGGUAUGGUAGAUUACCAGCAUGUUCUUGCUGUUCAUGCGGAUGUUGCCUGGAGAAAGAAGAGAAAGUGGACAAAAAUGGAAUUGCAGUCAGGGAAGGGUGGUCUUGCAGAUGCGGAUCAUGAGGAUUUGAUGAUUCUAGUGCCCCCACUUUUUUCACCGAAGGAUGUACCAGAGAAAUUGGUGUUGAGACCAUCUGUCACAUUGAGCAUGAAAAAGAAGCUGGAGGGAGUUGUACAACAACGUUGGGAGAUGGGUAUAGAGCCAUGUUUCGCCCUUGAUUUUAACAUUGAAGAGAUUCCCAAGAAAGUAAAUUGGGAAGAUUACAUGCCCAAAGGUUCGGAUCAAUGGGAGUGGCAACUCGCUGUAUCUAAGCUGUUUGAUGAGCGGCCUAUAUGGCCUAAAGAAUCUUUGAGUGAACGAUUGCUUGAUCAAGGUCUAAGAGUAGGAGAUGAUAUGCUUAGAAGGCUGCUGUUUAGAACUGCAUAUUACUUUUCAAGUGGACCAUUCUUUAGGUUCUGCAUCAGAAAGGGUUAUGAUCCACGGAAAGAUCCUGAUUCUCGCCUAUACCAAAGAAUCGAUUUUCGAGUGCCACGAUUGUUACGAAAUUAUUGUGAAACUAAUGCAGCCAAUGGAUUGAAGCAUAGGUGGGGGGAUAUAUGUGCAUUUCGAGUUUUUCCUUACAAGUGCCAAACAUCGUUGCAGCUUUGUGAACUUGCAGAUGAUUAUAUUCAGCAGGAAAUAAGAAAACCUUCAAAGCAAACAACUUGCACUUCUGCGACAGGAUGGUUCUCAUACCGUGUGCUUGACAGCUUAAGAUUAUGUGUGGCGGUGAGGUUCCUAUCAGUUUAUCCAGAAACUGGUGCAGAAGACUUGCUGAAAUCUACUUCUGACCACUUUGAAAAAUCAAAGAGGAUGCACUUCCACAAAAAUGACUUGAAACUUGAUGCAGAUGGGCGUCGACCAGUCAACAAAGAUGAUGAUGAUAGAGAGGAAACUGAUGACAUUGAUGAUGAGGAAGAUGAAGUUGAGGUUGAUGAUAACGAAGAGGAACUGGAUGAGGCAUUCAUGGCUAGUGAGGAUGGUGAAAUAUCUCUGCAACCCCAGUCUUUCCUCAAUGGGAAUAACUUCUCAAAAAACUAUUUACAAGAGCUUUUUGGUACUUUUCCAUCCAAUGAAGCAAGUUCUGGUAAAGUACAAGAUGCUGAUGGAAGUAAUGGAGAAUAUCAGAUAUAUGAGCAAGAUAGUGAUGGCAACUUCUCUGAUGAUGAUGGCUACUAACAAACCUUUUCAAAUCCCAUCUUUGUAAGGGUGGUCUCAGCAGUAGAGGGUGUACUUUCCCUGGAAGUCCGGACUUUCAGGAUGUGGUAGGGCAAUCGGAAUCCCGCAAGCGAGUUGCGGAUGCCUACAGUCGUCGUUAGUAGCAAAUGAAUGAUUUGACUUUGUUUGGGUUGAUAUCCCCUAAGGCUUAGUCCAGCCUUUGGGUUGCACAACCCGUACCAUGGGGGAAAUAAAUGGUAUUUAGUCUCAGGGAGUGUCUUUUAUGCAUAUAUGUAGAUUUAUGUAAAUGAUACUAUUUAUUUACUGAACUGUUUAUACCAUGGAAACGAGAUGAAUAUUUUUAACAAUAUAAAGUGAGUACAAUGUAUGAAUGCUAUUUUUAGUUAAAUGAGGAAUGAAUGUUUUCU